AUGGCCUCACCGAAACACAUGGCAUCGACUAGAAGUGUUUCAGAGAGAAACCCCUGGCUGAAGGGGGUUUUGAAUUUCAGUUUCUUCUCCCUUCAGUCGGGCAAGUCUUCCUCUCCCUCACUUAAAAUCCAACACUCCCCCACUGUCUCUGCUCUCUCUUUGGCCAAAACACAGAAGAGACCCAAAGCCAUUCUCCCUUUUGACCCAGCAACAGCUCUUCCCCCUCCUUGCCAUAAAAGAAAGCAGCCGCCACUCAAAGACGAUCCCCUUGUGUCCCCCCUCUUCUGCUCCCAGGCUGCCAUUCCCUUAGAAGAAGAAAAACCAAAGCCUUUCUUUCCCCCCAACCCCAAAGCAAACCAAAAAAAGGGGCCCCGAUUUCCCUUUUCUUCUUCUCCAUCAGCGACUAAACCAGGUCCCCUUUUUCAUUCAGCCUCUAAUAGCAGCAGCCAAGAUAACGACUAUAGCACUCCUUUACCUCUGCUUUUCUUCCCCAAAACCGUUCCCCUGCUUUGUGAUUUUUGCUCCAAAGGUCAUCCGGUCGCGCCCCUCCGCCCACCGACACAGGAGGCCAGCCCCACAGCCAUUCCCUUCUUCCUCAGGCCGAACACAACAGCAGCCCCAUUGUCCUCUUCCCAGUCUUCUCUCAGUUCCAUUGCGACAACAACAACAACAACCCAGCAGCACCAACAGACCAGCAGCCCUUUGGUCAUACGCCGGCCACCUGAAGUGAAGAAGAUGAAGACGUAAGCCAAAGAGAGAUCUGUGGUGGAACAGAUCAAAAAACGGCGGAGAAGCAGAUCUGAAGGAAGAGAAGCCAGUCUGAAAAGAAAGAAAGAAAAGCUUGUGAAUUCACAAGUAUAGAGAUGGUGAAUGUCGCACGUUCCCAAGUGGCAUUUGUUUGGCGAUUUUUUUGUUUCUUUGUGUUUGGUUAUUUGGAGUUGUCAACUAGUGUUAUGAUUAUAGAAAACCUAAUUGGUUUUUCAGAGAUUCUAA